AUGCAGUACAACAACCUCGGCCGGUCGGGGCUCAAAGUGAGCCAACUCUCCUACGGCGCAUGGGUCACCUUCGGCACCCAGCUCGACGUCAGCAACGCCAAAUCGAUCCUCCAAUGCUGCCGAGACAACGGCGUGAACUUCUUCGACAACGCCGAGACCUAUGCCAGCGGCCGAGCUGAGGAGAUCAUGGGCCAAGCCAUCCGUGAGCUCGGCUGGAAGCGGUCGGACGUGGUGGUCUCGACCAAGAUCUUCUGGGGCGGGGCUGGACCCAACAACUCGGGCUUGUCUCGGAAGCACAUAAUCGAAGGCACAAAGGCCUCGCUGAAGAGGCUGGACAUGGAGUAUGUGGAUUUGAUAUAUUGCCACCGACCGGAUUUAGAGACUCCGAUGGAAGAGACGGUGAGGGCCAUGAAUUACGUGAUUGAUCAUGGGUGGGCUUUCUAUUGGGGGACCAGUGAGUGGUCGGCCCAGCAGAUCACAGAAGCGUGGGGUGUGGCUCGGAGAUUGGAUCUUAUUGGGCCCAUUGUGGAGCAACCCCAAUACAAUUUGUUUCAUAGGCACAAGGUUGAGUCAGACUAUCUCCCACUGUACAAUAAUUAUGGCAUAGGGCUUACCACAUGGAGUCCACUUGCAUGUGGAGUUCUGACUGGGAAAUAUAAUAAGGGAGACAUUCCACCUGAUAGUCGGUUUGCAUUAGAAGGUUACAAGGAUGACGCUAAAGAAGCGUUGGCGGAGGAUGUUCUGAACAAGGUUAAUGGAUUAAAACCAAUUGCCGACGAACUCGGGGUGCCUUUAUCUCAACUUGCCCUUGCUUGGUGUGCAGCAAACCCUAAUGUCUCGUCCGUUAUUACCGGUGCCACUAAGGAGUCUCAGAUUCAAGAGAAUAUGAAGGCUGUCAAUGUCAUUCCAUUGUUGACACCUCCUGUGAUGGAGAAGAUUGAGGCUGUCGUUCAAAGCAAACCGAAGGGUCCUGCUUCGUAUAGGUAAACAGCACAGGAUGUAAUUCCAUUUUUACCCUGCAGUCUCUGUGGUUUAUUUGUACCACAAUGCAGGG